GAGCAACGAACUCGUCGAAGUCAUAGGCAUGGAUUUGGGCUUGGAGAACGAACUUUUUAGCGAACUGCUCCUCACGGAUGUUUGGCUGGUCUCACUCGGAGCUUUUGUGCUCGCCUGCGUCUGGUUGUACACUGGAUCAGCGUUUAUCACCGUGAUGUCGUGCUUAGCGAUUUGUUUUUCGCUGGGAUUGGCUUACUUUGUCUACACAUUGGUCUUUGAGUUCAGCUUCUUCCCAUAUAUGAAUCUGUUGGCCGUUGUGGUGAUCAUUGGCAUUGGUGCCGAUGAUGUCUUCUUGUUCCUAAAGAUCUGGCAAUGUGUGCUGGCCGAACGUUUUAGCAAGAGCAGCACAUUGAACACACAGUCAACGCUACCCACACCUUUGGAGCAUAAUGAGCACACGGAAACAUUGGAGAAUCUUAUGGCACUGACAAUGCGACAUGCGGCUGCCUCGAUGUUUGUUACCUCGGUGACAACAGCGGGUGCUUUCUUUGCUUCAUAUAGCAGCUCAAUCAUAGCCAUCAAAUGUUUUGGCAUUUUUGCUGGUACUGUUGUGGUGACGAACUAUUUGCUGAUGAUUACCUGGCUGCCGGCAUCGGUUUCAAUUAUGGAGCGUCUGUUUGCUAGUCGCAUGUCCUGCCAGCAGCAUCUGUUACAGAAGCUAAUCAACGCUUGCAAGAAGUCAAUUAAUCGAUUUUGUGAACUGUUCGAGGAGCGCAUCACACACAGCAUUAUGAACUAUGCAUUCUUAUGGCUAAUCAUCUUUGCAAUACUGGGCACAGGCAGUGCAAUAAUUGUGUUUUGGUAUCCGGGACUGCAGCUGCCGGAGAAACCACAUUUUCAGCUGUUUGUCUCACAUCAUCCCUUUGAGAUCUAUUCGAAGCUGCGUCAUCUGUUUUGGUUUGAAAAGACACUGCAAGCAGUGGAGAAUUUCAAUAUGAGCAUGCGUUUCGUUUGGGGCGUAGAGGCGAUGGACGAUGGCGACUAUACGAAUCCCAAUUCACAUGGCAACCUACACUAUGACAAUAAUUUUAAUAUAUCUAGCAAAGAGUCACAGAUUUGGCUGCGUAACUUUUGCCAAAACGUGCGACAGCAGCCGUUUUAUCAAGCGACUUUUGGCUUCUUGUUGCCCAACUGUUUUAUCGAGAAUUUUAUACGUUUUAUGGAGCGCAGAUGCAUUGAUGACAUGGACUCAACACACACGAACUCAACGCCCUGCUGCGCUGCCGAAUUCCCCUACGAACCACAUAUAUUUGAGCUGUGUUUACCUCAAUGCAUAUCCAAUCUAUGGGAGACAAGAUUUUAUCAGCAAAGCAAAGCGGGUCCCAGGUUUGCUGCUGCACCCAGUCGAACCGAUCUUGGCUAUUUGGAGAGCAGCAGCAACGAAAGUCUAAGCAUGGAGUCGACAUCAAUGCAACUGCUUGUUAAGGCGCUAAUCAUUGAGUUCGAUUCGAACAUAAGCUAUAGUACCAUCUAUAGCAAUAUGAAAGUGUUUUACGAGAGCGUCGAGAGCUGGUUUCAACAGCAGCUCAGCACUGCGCCGCAGGAAUUACGCGGCGGUUGGUUCAUCAGUGACUAUGAAUCUAUAAUGUUUUUUAGUGUUCAGGAUACGCUCUCCAAUGACACAAUAGUCGCCAUCAUUUUGGCCAUGGCCGCAUCACUUGUGGUGCUAUUGUGCUUCACACUCAAUCUGAUCAUCUCCAUAUAUGCUGUCAUUACCGUUUCCCUAACCAUAUUCAACACUGUGGCUGUGCUAAUUUUACUCGGUUGGCAAUUGAAUAUAUUGGAGAGCAUUGCCGUCUCAACGGCCAUCGGACUGGCUGUGGACUUUAGCCUACAUUAUGGCAUACACUAUCGCCUGGCGCCAUCCAAGGAGCGUGUGGCAGCCACACAAUUUGUGCUGUCCCGCAUCAUUGGACCGACGGUGAUGGCGGCAGCAACCACGGGCUUUGCCGGUGGCAUUAUGAUGGCAUCAAAUAUACUACCCUAUAUACAGAUUGGUGUCUUCCUCGUUGUGGUCAUGGUCACCAGUUGGCUGUAUGCCACAUUCUUUUUGAUGAGCAUGCUCAAAGUCGCUGGACCGCAGUACGGUUUCAUGCAGCUUGGUUGGCCGAAAUUGCGCAAACGUCGCACUGCAAAGGCCAACAAGUUCUACGAAAGAAAACCCAGCCAAAUUAUUGCUAGUGAACAGCUGCUAACGCCCACGAGUUCAGCUAUUGUUGAGAUGGCGAAUUCGGAGACACAUGAACUGGAAUCCCUCAAUUCGAAUAGCCAAAUCAAAACAAUAUCGGGCACAGAAAGUGGACACACUUUGCCUGCGCUGCCCGUCGACUUUGAGCACUCAUUCCAAACUGUGCACUAGGGUUAUAUAUAUAUACAUAUAUAGUAAGUAUAUCAAUUGGAGCCGUCUGUCUAUCUUGUUGCGAUGAUGCCAUCAUCAAUGGAGCGACAAUUUGCAUUUUUAUACAUACAGGGCAAAGCUGUAAAGCGAUCCCCAGCAUACAUUUAUAUAUAUACAUAUAUAGUACUUAGCACAUAUACAUGGUGCACCAACUACUUUGUUAGCAUUAAGCCCAAAAGCUCAGAGGCGACAAGGACAAGAAGUUUACGCAUUUUAUACUUUGCUAAUAUUGAGAGAUUAGUUAGAGAUAUGUUAAGGCAUAAUAAUAGGAGGGAGGGAGGGGAGGUAUAACGAGAGAGAGACAGAUAAAUCGAUCAAAAUGUAUUAAGCUUGAGCAAAUUGAAUGACUCUUUUAGUGUGCUAUUUCAAAAGACUUCAAACAGUUGCAAUGCGCUUUUUACUUAUGGUAGUUAUUGUAACGUUUUGACGCCCCGAGCCACAAAAUUUUUGGGCUCACAAAUUGUAAACUGAAGCAAUUAGCGGAAAGUACUGGGUACGUCCAAUAAAACAAAAACAAAAGCAAAACAAAACAUGCAAACAAAAAAGAAAACAGAAAAUCUGUACGACUGCAUGAUGUCGGUAUUAUUAGUUGAUAGAGUUUUUAGUGAAGCAUUAAUGUAUUAUGUAUUAUCGUAUGUACUUAAUUGUAAUCAAAACUAUUUAUACUCUGAAUUUUUAUUAGCUGUUAAAUCUCGGGCAAACAAUGUUGGCGCCGGCAUUAUAGAUUGUAUACACUAUAUACAGACAUACAUAUAUGUACUUACCAUAUAUGGUAGUUACACACACACAAAACACACUCAUACACUUCUAUAUAUAAUGUACGUUGAUGUACUAAAUGUGUUGUCUAUCCUAGUUGUAAACGCGUUCAAAACACACACACACAAAAAAAACUCACGUUUGUAAUAACCAUGUAACUGUGAUACAGAAGGUGACAAAUUGAAAAUAUUGAUGAAAAAAUUCUAUUCUAUGUUUAUAUAGACAAAAUGAAGAAAGAGCUAGAAAAACAAAUGAAACUAAAACAAGCAAAAAUGAAAAUCAUGACGUAUUGUACUUAACUACAACUGAAAACCUUGUACUUCCUUCAUUGAACUUAAAACAAAAAAAUACAAAUGUGUUGAAGUGAUUUAAUAAAUGUUACUUGUGAAACAAA